UAUAUAAAAAGUCUAGCUGGAGUCGCUAUUCGGUUGCAUUCUUGCCUUUUGAAGCAUAGAAGUUUGUAUUAUAUUUGCAAAAUGUUGACAAUGUCUUUAACCUGGGGAAUUGUGAUAGCAGUGUGCUGUUGUUUGUGGCUUAUUCUAGGAAUCAGGAGAAGGCAAAUGGGUGAGCCACCUCUGGAGAAUGGGAUGAUUCCAUACCUCGGAUGUGCUCUACAAUUUGGGGCCAAUCCUCUUGAGUUUCUAACAGAAAAUAAAAAAAAAUAUGGUCAUAUAUUCACCUGCAAACUAAUGGGAAAUUAUGUUCACUUUAUCACAAAUCCAUUGUCAUACCAAAGAGUGUUGUGCCAUGGGAAAUAUUUUGAUUGGAAAAAAUUCCACUUUGCUACUUCUGCAAAGGCAUUUGGGCACAGAAAAAUAGACCCAACUGAUGGUGACACCACUGAAAACAUAAACAAGACUUUUAUCAAAACCCUGCAAGGAGAUGCCUUGAAUUCCCUCACAGAAACCAUGAUGGAAAACCUCCAACAGUCUAUGAGACGUCAAGUCAUUUCCAACUUCAAGGCACCUACCUGGGUGACAGAAGGGAUGUAUUCCUUUUGCUACCGAGUGAUGUUUGAAGCUGGAUAUUUCACUCUCUUUGGCAGAGAACUUACAGCUCAAGAUGCACAAAAAACAAUUAUUAAUAACCUUGACAACUUCAAGGAAUUCGACAAGAUCUUUCCAGCUUUAGUAGCAGGUCUCCCCAUUCAUGUGUUCAAGACUGCUCACCAUGCCAGGGAAAAACUGGCAGAGGGCCUGAAGGGCAAGAACCUGGUAAAGAGACACCACAUGUCCGAAUUGGUCAGAUUUAUAAACGACAUGCUGUCUACUUUAGAUGACAUGGAGAAAGCCAAAUCACAUCUUGCUGUCCUCUGGGCUUCGCUCGCAAACACCAUUCCAGCCACUUUCUGGAGCUUGUUUCAAUUGAUUAGGAACCCAGAGGCAAUGAAAGCAGCUAUGGAAGAAGUGCAAAGAACACUAGAGAAUGCUGGUCAAAAAAUCAGCUCUCAAGACCAUCCGAUUUGUUUGAGUCAAAUGCAACUAAAUGACAUGUCUGUGCUAGAAAGUAUUAUCAAGGAGUCUCUGCGGCUUUCCAGUGCUUCCCUGAACAUUAGGACGGCUAAAGAGGAUUUCACUUUGCACCUUCAGGAAGGUUCCUUUAAUAUUCGCAAAGAUGACAUUGUAGCACUUUAUCCACAACAAAUGCACUUAGAUCCAGAAAUUUACCCAGAUCCUUUGACCUUUAAAUAUGAUAGAUACCUUGACGAAGAUGGGAGGAUAAAGACCGCCUUCUACAGAAAUGGACUGAAGUUAAAAUAUUACUUUAUGCCUUUUGGAUCAGGAGCUACAAUCUGUCCUGGGAGAUUAUUUGCUAUCCUGGAAAUCAAGCAAUUUUUAGUUCUCAUGCUUACCUAUUUUGAACUAGAACUGGUAGAAAACCCUGUUAAAUGCCCCCCUUUGGACCAGUCCCGUGCAGGCUUGGGCAUUUUACCACCAUUACAUGAUGUUGAGUUUAAAUAUAAACCCAAAUAUAUUUGAAUAUAUGGUUAGACAGAGAAAAUACUGGGUAAUGCUACAGGACUGAGAACACCAUCAUGUACAUGUCUAUGGACAGGUGCAUUAAGUUGUAGAAAAGUUGAUGCAGCAACUCCAAUUCUGUUCACUGAUUUGUGCUUGUGAAAAGGAAUUUUCGAGUGACAGUUUCUAGAUUCCAUCGCAGAUUGUGCUAAUUCAUAGAGGAACAAUAAUU